CCACCACUCUCACCGAUCCACCGAUCUCACCUCCUCCAUUCUAUUCCAUCCAUCCACAAUCUUGUCAACAGCUUUUCACUAUCAUCAUUCCAUUCCGCCCGUCUCUUGUGCACCGCUAUCUCACCAGGACGCAAGGUUUCUUGGCUCCCCUGCUGUCUCCCAACCAACGACCCCCAACAUUCUUCAACCGUUCAACAACACUCCACCUCUUUCGUCAUAACACGCCCUCACAUGUCCGCUAUCACGCUGCCCAGUGUGGGCCGCAUCCGGUGCUACUGGGCCCUCCUGGUCCCCCAGUACGGCUCGGCACCGGGCGGCGGGACCAAGCUUGAGCUCAAGUUUGUCUACCUCGACCCAGUGCUGAGUACACAUCUUGGCCCACAAAGCCUGGGCGUGCUCAAUCACGGCCUCAUUGACCUCAUCCAUCCCAGCGAACGAGAACAGGCACGAAACGACCUCGCGAGUGCUAUCCAGUCCGACGACUUGCAGGGAAGUGUGACGCGGAUGCGAUUCUCGCGACUGUCACGCAUCCGCCAAAUGUGCGGAGCACAACCCAACGACAUUCCCAUACCACCAGACAUCAACGCCGUGACGGAAGACUCGGACUAUCUCAUCAUCGAUUUAGUGUUGAAUUGGGUGGCGGACGGGUUGCUCCUGGCGUUCUUCCAUGCGAUCAAGGACUUUGAUCCCCAGGGCAACAACGACCCGAGUCGUCGGCACGAGGGAUGGUCGAACUUUUGCGGGUCGGUCGGCAUGACGGACGAGCACAUCCAAACGCUGCACCAGAGCAUCUCAGCCAACGUGACGCCACCACAGCGAACACGAUACCCACCCACGCGGGUGUUCCAGCUUCACUCGGUGAACCACAGCGCGCAGCCGACGUCGAUGGUGUUUACGUGGCCACCAGCACGGCCAACAGAUAAGCCGUCGGAGCAGUUUGAUGGGCUGUACGAUGCGGACGAGUACGCUGACCUGAUGCGAGGCGUGGACAUGGACCCGAGCGCGCUGGCCGCCAAGCCCGGGGAAGUACGCACGAACUGCACGACACGGUUUGGCGCCGAGCACUCGAUACGUACGGAAGGCGUGUACCGGCACGUGACGUCAGUGUUCAUCCCCUACGACCAGGUGAUUUUUGCCUGUUUCCAAACGACACAGCUCUACGAGUUGCCGACAGGACACGAGUGGCCGCCGAAGCCUCAAGCUCCGGCUCAAGUCCCGGCCCAAGCGCAAUCCCAACCUCAUCCUCAGCCGCAAGCUGCACCGAACGGGCCGGACUGGCGAUCAGACUACGAGCGGGGCUACGGGACGCCUGCGCCCCCGCCCGCGCCGGCAUCCGCACCAGCCGCUCCAGCGCCUAUAUCCGCGCCAGCAGCGCCAGCCGCGCCGGCGUCGGCGCCGCCGUUCGCGCGGGGCGGGUAUGCGCCGUACGAAGGAUAUCGCGCGCCCGUAGAGAACCACGCGCCGCGCGGCGGGAGCACGCGGCCGCUGGUGCGCCCGCCGGGCGACGUGGAAAAGUGCCGGGGGUGCGGGACGCGCGAGAGCCCCGAGUGGCGCAAGGGCGAGAACGGGGUCAAGGACCUGUGUAAUGCGUGCGGGCUGAAGCUUGCGCGUGCGGUCGCGAAGCGCGAGGGCAGACAGAAGCCGCGCAAGAAGGACAAGUAGGGGCGGGGCGGGUUGGGGCGGCGCGACUGGGCGACGCGACUGGGCGAC